AUGGCUCCCAAGAAGCAUACAUACGAGUUCGGAGGCCCACCGGGUGCCUUUGGCAUCGUGUUUGGACUCCCCGUCCUGCUGUGGACUUUCUACUUCGUCUGUAAUGACAAGACCGGUUGCCCUGCGCCUUCCACCUUGACUCCUCGCACCCUCACCUUGGAGAAGUUUAAGGCUGAGAUUCCCUGGCCUGCCGAUGGCAUCUGGGGAUUCUGCAGCUGGGAGGUCUUUGGCUGGACUCUUGCCUACUACUUCUUGAGCUUGGUUCUUCACGUGGUUCUUCCCGCCCAAGAAGUUCUCGGAACUAAGCUGAGGGAAUCUGGCCGCCCUCUCAAGUACCGCUUCAAUGCCUUCAGCGCCACAGUGCUCCAACUCGCCGCCCUCGCCGCUGGAACGUACUACAAGGGCGCGGACUUCGUCGUGUGGACCUUCAUCUCCGACAACUAUCUCCAGCUCCUGACCGCCAAUAUCAUCAUCGGCUACCUGCUCUCCGUGUACUGCUACGUCUGCAGCUUCAGCGUGAAGCCCGGCAACGCCGAGAACCGCGAGCUCGCCGUCGGCGGCAACACCGGCAGCCUCAUCUACGACUUCUACAUCGGCCGCGAGCUGAACCCCCGCGUCGCGCUGCCCCUGUUCGGCGAGAUCGACAUCAAGACCUGGUUCGAGUUCCGCCCCGGCCUGACCGGCUGGGUCAUCCUCAACCUCGCCUUCUGCGCCAAGCAGUACCGCAACUACGGAUACCUGUCCGACAGCAUCAUCUUCACGACCGCGGUGCAGGCGUACUACGUUCUCGAGGGCCAGUACUACGAGGCCGGCGUGCUCACCAUGAUGGAUAUCAUCACCGACGGUAUGGGCUUUAUGCUGUCGUUCGGUGACAUUGCCUGGGUUCCCUUCCUCUACUCGACUCAGACCCGCUAUCUUUCCGUCUACCCCGUUCACCUGGGCUGGGCUGGUAUCGCUUCCGUGUUUGCCGUCUUCGCGACCGGUUUGUACAUCUUCCGCUCUGCCAACACCCAGAAGAAGCUCUUCCGCACGCAGCCGGACCACCCCAGCGUCAAGGGCAUGCCCUACAUCCAGACUAAGCGCGGCACGAGGCUUCUUACUGGUGGUUGGUGGGGCAUGUCGCGUCACAUUAACUAUUUUGGCGACUGGCUUCAAGCAUCUCCAUUCAGUGCCCCGACGGCUAUUGCGGGAUACAUCAUUCUGCCCGCUGGCAGUGCCGUCUCUGGGGCUAUCACGAUGCUUGACGGAACUCAGGUUGUUCAAGGUGCUGCGCGUGGAUGGGGCAUGAUUUUCACAUACUUCUAUGUGCUGUACUUCGCCAUCUUGCUCAUUCACCGCGAGGGACGCGAUGAUGUGGCUUGCUCACUGAAGUAUGGUGAGGAUUGGGAGAAGUACAAGAAGACUGUGAGGUGGAGAAUCCUGCCGGGAGUCUACUGA